UCGAUCGAUGUUUUUUUACUUAGGUUUUGAUUUUCUGUAUAGAGUUUAUUUCUUCAUUUGUUGUCCUAUCCGAAAAUUGAUUUCGAUAAAAGCAAUAUAAUUAUCGCAUUAUCGAUAGUCAACAUUUUGUGAAAUAUCCGAAUUUUGGAGGCAAAUUUCAAGUAUAAAUACAUUAUGAAUCGAGGCAAUAAAAUAUCAAUUGAAUUAAACCCAUUUUUGCAAUCGACAUCACAAACACCUUCUGGGACACCAAACAAUGGCAAAAAAAAAAAAAAGCAAACGUCCUUACACUAAAAUACAGCCAGACCGUUCUAACAUUGAAACAGUCAGUUAUCAAAAGUUAGUUGUACCAAAGCGUAUGCAUAGUCCUUAUUGGAAGUAUUUUGGGUUUCCAGCGUCAGACACUGGUAGCAUACUUACUCAAGAUCGAAUUAUAUGCAUACUUUGUAAAAAACAGUUUGCCUAUAAAAGUAAUACUACUAAUUUGAGAGUACACUUACAAAGCAGACAUAAGACUGAACUAAUGGUAUUGGAAAUGGGGUCCUCUAAAGAUGGAAGUCCAAAAAAAAGGCACGGCAAAAAUGAACUUAUGUUAUUAACUACAUCUGAAGGCCAAGUAGAUGUAAAUAGGUCAAACAGCAGAAUAAAACAACAGGAUGUAUAUAUACAAGGAGAAAUUAAUGAACAGUUUGUUAGUGAAAACGUUUCUAAUAUCCAAGAACAAACUCCACAGAUGUCGGUUAUUUUUCAAGAUAUUGAUAAUUCAUCAAAUGAUGUGAUCAAUAAACUUGUAUCAGAUGCAAUUACUGAAUUUGUAAUAACUGAUCUUCAUUUACCAGAUAUUGUAGAAGGUAAAGGUUUUCAACGUCUUAUUGCUACACUAAGGUCGCCAUGUGAAAUUCCAGGAAAAUAUAAAUUAGAACAGUUCAUAAUACCAAGAAUUUAUGAAACUACCAGGUCUGCUGUUCUUAAUAGUAUUGCAAACAGUUGUAGCACAUUUGCUUUAGGUAUAGAAGAAUGGAAAUGUUCUAGCUUAAAUGUUUAUAUUACAAUAAGUGUAUUUUUCCAACAGUUGGACAAAGAUGGUCUCUGUAUUAAACAACUAGCCACUAUUUUAUGUAAUCCUAACAGAACUGCUAAUGAAUGGUGUGGAAUCUUGGGUUCAUUGUUUAUGAAUUGGAACAUUAAUAUUGAUCAAGUUAAAACUGUCAUCAAAGCAUUUACAAAUAAUAAUUUAGAUGCAGCAUUAAGAACUCAAGGUUUCAUUCUAAUACCUUGUCUAAUUUAUGAAUUACAAAAUUUAUGUACAAAAAGUUGUUUUGAAACUGAAGAAGUAUUAAAUGUUUUAACAAAAUGUAGAACAGUUUCUGCUAAACUACAUCACCAUAAUGCCUUAACAUCUAUUACAGUUGAAGAUAAUGUUGUUCAAGUUUUUAAUUCAUUUUUUAGUAGAGAAUACCCACAAAUUUGGACAACGACUUAUCAUUAUUUAGAACGUUUUGUUCAACGGAAAGAUACUAUAAAAUCUUUAUGCAACACAUUGGAUAUUGGAUUUUUUCCACAUGAGAUGUUAACUGAUAAAGAUUGGUCUGUUAUUGAAGACGUUGUUACAACUCUUGAGCCUCUAAAAGUUACUGUAACUACUCUCAGUGAAGAAAAAAUACCAUUGAUAUCAUUAUUGAAACCUUUAAUUAAUCAGUUAACUAGCUAUCAUUUAAAAGUAAAACCCAGUGAUUCAAAUCUUGCUGCCAGUUUAAAGAACACAUUUGCCAAUGAACUUCACUGGAAGUAUAAUAAUAUUGACGUUCAAACAUUUUUACACAUAGCAACAUUAUUAGACCCAAGAUUCAAAGAUUUUCCUAUGACUGAAGGCGAAGAACAUCUUCCAACAAUAAAACAGGAAUUAGUCAAAAUGGUUGAAACUGAAGGUUCUGUGCCUUAUGAUACUAAAUCAAAUGUGUCAGAAGUUGACACAGAUGUGCCUAAAAAACCUAGAAUUUCAGGUAUUGGAUUUUUACUUGGAAGUGUUGCUAAUGUAAAAAGUUCUCCUACUAUUAGUAAACAUAAUAUGUCACUAGAAGAUAGACUUAAUUUAGAAGUUGCUCAGUAUGAAUCUGAGCGAACUCCUUGUCUUGAAGAGUGUCCACUUAUGUGGUGGUCACGAAUGUCAUCAAAAUGUCAAAAUCUAAUAAGACUUGCAAGAAAACACUUUGUGUAUGCUCUUAGUGGGUCAUCUAGUAAAUUACCAUUAGAGUUGCAAACUUUAUAUUAUAUUAAAAGAUCACAAAUAAAUCAAGAACUAGUAGAUAAAAUGAUGUUUAUUAAUGCAAAUACAGUUGAAAAUAAUUGUUCAUAAAAUGAUUAUUGAUUUAAGAGACAGGGAUUCCCUUACCUUUAACUUCCCACUAACAUUUAAUAGUUGGUAAUUUAUAUCCAUUUUAAUUAUAAAAUAUAUUUUUUUACUAUUAAGGUUUUAUUUCUAUGUAUUUUAAUUAUGACUACAUGAGUGAUAUACUACAUUUCACACCUUGUUGUAACUAAUUCUUCUGAUUAUUCUCUAAG